AUGAUUUCCGUAUGGUUCGGAGCCGCUCAGCGCGGAGAUGUAGCUGUCAUUAAAGAACUCUUGCAGGUGCAUGUUCGAACGGUUGAGGAAAAUGGGAAUACAGCCCUUAUGCUUGCAACCCGCAACGGGCAUUCCAAUAUCUGUCAAAUCCUAUCUUCGUAUGAAGCAGGAAUGCGCAACACUGAGGGAAUGACGGCCCUGAUGAUGGCUGCAGUUGCAAAUAACGCAGAGCUUUGUGACAUUCUUGCUCCAUUAGAGUGGCCGCUAACUCUUUCAGAUGGAAAAGACGCUCUCAUUUUAGCGGCAGAGCUAGGAAACGCCUAUGCCCUCACGGUGCUCUCUGCCCAUGCCGAUCUUAUCCAGGAUGCUUCUGGACAUACUGCACUAGAUUAUGCUGCCCUGCACGACAAUAUUGCAUGUGUCAGGACCAUAGUAGAAACACAGAGGUUAUCGACGGGCCAAAUAGACUCCGCUAUUGAAAAAGCAGAACGGACUAAGAGCACUAGUGUCGUUGACUAUCUAGUAACCACUCGACUAGCAAUGAAGAGCAAAUCGAAGGACGAGACAGACGUCAAGAUACGAGAGUUGGAGCGUGCUGUUGCUUCUUUGCAACUCUGUUUUGCAGAGCGAGAGAACCGCGAAUUUGGUGUACCAAGGUCUGAUGCAGCGUGCACAGGUAACUUACCCCCGCGUUCACUUUCUCAACUGGCUGCGCCAAAAAGCUCUAUUCCAGAGACAGAUAUUAAACUGACAGAACUAUUAGAGGAAAACAAAAGGCUCAAGAAGCGGCUAGCAGCAUCAAUGGACCAAUCCACAUCGAUAGCAUCUCAAGUAGUUUCAGGCAAUGAAUCCGACGAGGUAAAGCUUUUGUACAAGGAGUUAGAGUCAGCGGCGACCAUUAUGAGGGACUAUGAGGCGCGCAUCGAUGACCUCACUUCAACGUUGAGAGAGCGUGAUAUGACAAUACUUCAGCUGCGCACCUCCCAACUCCGGUUAGUGUCUGCAGAUCCAGUUGCUGCAGAGGCAAAUUUCUUCUCUUCUGGACUUGACUCUUUUCACAGUUCUACAAGAAGUGGAAAACCUCUCGAGACUCCUAAGAAGCGUGCAUUUUCUGCUAUUAAAAAGUCAUUCUGUGGAUCAGGACGUGAUGGCCGCUCUCGGUCACGUUCAAAAUCUGUAAGAGGAAGCUCUCUUAUUCUAGACGAUGGCUGCCAUAAUGCCUCCCUUGGUACUGAUUGCACUGGCCGUGCAUCAUGCACGAUCUGUGGAUCCACAAAACUCAUGACCAUUAUUGAUAACCUCAAGCUUACAGUCUCAGAGUACGAAUCAAUACAGGCUUGUAUGCAGGCGCAAGUGGAUGAAAUAACUAGAUUGACUGAUGAAUUGAACGGAUAUCAUAAUGUUAAUAUUUGUAGCAACAUGCCUUCACCGACUAACUCUCAUUACCAAAUGGCUUUGCAGCAACCAGCAUCAAACACGUGUUCUCAACAAACAGUCUUAGACAUGGAAGCACUAGACACUCUUCUCGUCAAUCUUGAUUUGUCUAACACAGAAGAAAAAAAGGCAAUGAAUCUAUGGAACAUCGUGUUUCAGAAAACACUAGAGCUCACAUCGGACGAUACAAGGAAAAUGGUUGUCAGAAAUUUACUCAUAGCAUUAAAUAAGGACCUAGUUAAGUGCACUCAAUCCUCAGUAGGAUCACUGGACAAUGAGUCUGACCAGCAGCUAACGUGUCAGUGCUUUAAAAGACAACAAGCAUUCCUUCCUCUCUUUGGAUAUCUACCCGAUCAAUACAUAAGGUACAUUACUAACCUAUACCAGUACGCACAGAGUUUGGAAAAGCUAACUACACAGAGUAGUAAGAGCUGUACAACGUCGGCAGUCUCCGACACUUUAAGAGAAUGCCAGCAAGAACACCCGGACGAAGCAUCCAACUUGCAGAUAAAAGACGAUCUCUUUGACGGCAGAAACUCCUUGGAAAUCUCAUCUCUCAAGGACAAGGUUAGAUUUGCAGACGCAGAAGCCGUAGUACUUGACGAGUCCAUCAGUCACAGCCUGAGCAUGCCUACAUUACUUGCUGAUAACACACAGACAUCAACCUUUGCUGUUGCACACGCACGACCCACCACACCUGCUUCAGUUAUCCAACCAGAGGACUCCGUUGAUACAUUAGCGGGAAGCCUGCCCAAUAUACUCGACGGGAUGACAGAUGAUGAUUACAACCCAUUGAUGCGCGCUAUCAAAACGAAUAAUCUCCGUGAGAUAGGCACAACUCUACGUUACGCCGGUGAGAGUUUAUCAGAUGGUAGUACAGCUCUUAUGUUGGCGGCAGAACACAACUGUAUCGUUGCUGUUAAGUACUUACUUUCUGUAGAAGCAAAAAGGGUGCGGUCAGAUGGGAAGGUCGCCUUGGAUAUAGCUUUAGAGAAGGGGCAUUAUAAGAUAGCUGAGCUAUUGAGCGCAGAGUGCCUAGAUGUUUCCGCAUACUCCCGAGAAUCCGGACGCGUAACUGAAUUAAUGACUGCCGUCUUGGACGGCGACAUGAAGCUCGCGUGGAGUUUGAUCCCCCUACAGGCUGGUCUUCAAGACGAAGAGGGGAGGACCGCGCUAAUGUACGCUAUAACCGAGGGGAAAAUGAAUAUGGUACAAAUGCUUAUCCCUUACGAACACGGGAUUAUAGACAAAGAAGGCCGGAACAUACACGACUUUAUAAAGCUCUUCAUCAAUGAUCGCUCACUCAUAAGCCAACUGGAGACAUCCCUACUCCGUUGUUCUUUGCGCACAAAUUCUCGAGUGCAAUAG